UGCGUGAGUGCGUGUUACAGUGAUUGCGCUGCUUACUAACGUUACUACUGUGAUGGUCAGCAGCGCCAGACCCUCAACGGACCUCAGCGAGAGUCGAUCGCGACCACAACUACACCCUUCCCGACUGAAUUACUCGAGAGUCUGGAGUUCAAUAAAUUGACGGAGCACGCGGAAAUACGACUCACUCAAGAAUAUCGGGCUUUCAUGGGACUAUGCCAAAAUCCAAAUGCCAUUUGGACAUUCAGCUACCUGGAUCCGAAUGACACCUAUAGCAAGCCUCAAUGCUUACCAAACACUAUGCCGACAUGCUUCACAGAAAUGGAUCUUUCUGUACGUGCCAUGGACCCCAUGAGAAGGAAUCUUUGAGCUUUUAGUGUCCAGUCAUCUUCCUCUCGUUCUCUGCAUCACCUCUGCCUCUUGAGCAGUAUUUUUGAUUGCUCCAUCUCUAUGUUAGUGUUCGCUGACAUAAUAGGAGCUUAAUCAGACAUCAUCCCCGAUCUCAUCCUUAUCCCAAAGAUUACGACGAGGCAAUUUGACAAUGCCUCAGCUUUUGUUCUUCACUGUGGUUUUGACUGGAGUCUCUCUUCUUCUCACACUCUGCUCUGGAGCAGGUCAGAAUCCUGAUCAUGUGCUGCAGGGCACUGGAGUGAAACUGGACUCCAGGAGACCUGGGGACGACUCUACUAUUGCACCCGAAGAUGCUGCUCGCUUCCUCAGCUGCCACUGCUCAGGGCACUGCCCCGAUGAUGCCAAGAACAACACCUGCGAGACCAAUGGGCAGUGCUUCGCAAUUAUUGAGGAAGAUGAAAAUGGAGAUGUGAUCUUAAGCUCAGGCUGUAUGAAAUAUGAGGGCUCACACUUUCAGUGCAAGGAUUCACAGUUUGCACAGACUCGUCGAACCAUUGAAUGCUGUCAAUUUGAUUUUUGUAAUCGAGACCUGAAGCCUGAGCUGCCGCCUCGAGACUCAGAACCACCAGACCCUCACUGGCUGGCCUUUCUCAUCUCAGUGACUGUGUGCUUCUGCGCUCUCAUCUGUGUCACUGUCAUCUGUUAUUACAGGUAUAAGUGGCAGACAGAGAGGCAGCGCUACCACAGAGACCUGGAGCAGGACGAGGCCUUUAUCCCAGCAGGAGAAUCCCUGAAAGACCUCAUCAACCAGUCUCAGACCUCAGGCAGCGGCUCUGGACUCCCUCUGCUGGUGCAGCGCACUAUCGCAAAGCAGAUCCAGACGGUGCGUCUGAUCGGAAAAGGACGAUAUGGAGAAGUGUGGCUUGGUCGGUGGAGAGGGGAGAAGGUAGCAGUGAAGGUGUUCUUUACCCGAGAGGAGGCCAGCUGGUUCAGAGAGACAGAGAUCUACCAAACCGUGCUCAUGAGACAUGAGAACAUACUCGGCUUCAUCGCUGCUGAUAUAAAUGGCACAGGAGCCUCUACGCAGCUAUACCUGAUCACAGACUACCAUGAGAAUGGAUCUCUAAACGACUAUUUGAAGUUCACGACUUUGGACACACAGGCUCUGCUCAGACUGGCCUUCUCUGCAGCCUGCGGCCUGUGUCACCUGCACACGGAGAUCUACGGCACGCAGGGAAAACCAGCCAUCGCUCACAGAGACCUGAAGAGCAAGAACAUCCUCAUCAAGAAAAACGGCACCUGCUGCAUCGCUGACCUCGGCCUUGCUGUCAAAUUCAACAGUGACACAAAUGAAGUGGACAUCCCAUUAAGCACACGUAUGGGAACCAGACGCUACAUGGCUCCAGAAGUGCUGGACGAGACUCUGAAUAAGAAUCAUUUCCAGGCCUACAUCAUGGCUGACAUAUACAGCUAUGGGCUGGUUAUUUGGGAAAUGGCUAGACGCUGUGUCACUGGAGGGAUUGUUGAGGAGUAUCAGCUACCAUAUUAUGAGAUGGUGCCUUCAGACCCAUCUUAUGAAGACAUGCUGGAGGUCGUUUGUGUCAAAGGACUGCGGCCCACUGUAUCCAACAGAUGGAACAGUGAUGAGUGCUUAAGGGCCAUGCUGAAGCUGAUGUCUGAAUGCUGGGCCCACAAUCCUGCAUCACGCUUAACCAUCCUACGAGUCAAGAAGACUUUAGCCAAAAUGGUGGAAUCACAAGACAUUAAAAUGUGACCUGCGGAGGGAUUUUUUAUUAUUAUUUCCUGACAUCAUCGUCAUCUUCACAGAGGAGGAGAUUGGCAAUCUGACACUGAAAUAAAUCAAGCUCUCCUCCUUUGUUGGAUCAGACGUGGUGACUUUGCUGCUUUCUGUGAAAGCUGUACGAUUGUGGACUUGGAUCAGUGGAUUACUGCGCCAGAGUGGGAUGUUCUGGUGGAUUUGGGAAAGACUGAUAUAAACCCACCUGCCUUAAAAUACACUCAGCUGUUUCUGUCGAUUCUGGGAUAAAUCUCCUGCCAUAUGGAUGAAAUGCUGUUGACUUCUCAUGGAAUCUGUGUAAAGCAAACUGUGAUUUAAUGUAUGACAUAAAUAUAGUAAUAGGUGAACUGAAAACAGAGCGAAACAAUAUUCUAUCAAUAUAAUCUCGUCCAGUUAACAGCCGUUGUAUAAUAUCUAGAGGACGAUUAUUUGUGCCUCUAGUUGUCUCAUGCGUGGCAUUUAAAAAAAAAAGCUUAAUUGAACUAUACAAUUGUCCUUUCGCCAUGUACUCUGACAAACAUACUGUGUGUUUUUACAUUUUUUAUGAAUCAACACAUAGUCCCCCUGCCUCCACAGAAGGUUCAAGGUCAAAUUAUGCAUGCUGCUUUUCGGUAGACAGUUUGGUUUCUCACAUGAGUGUUCAUCAUUUUGUUGCAUGAGUGAUAUAUUGUUUAAAGCAUGCUUUUUUUUUUGUUUGUUUUUUCUUUUUUUUCAUCCUCAAAAUAGAAAACAUUCCCAGUUCACUCCUCCAGUAAGCCUUUGGCCAUAUAUUUUCAUAUAAAAAGUAAACAAGCCAAUUUUUAAUUAGUUAACUGCUUAUUCUGAUGCACAGCUGAGUGGCUUUCAUCGAUUAAGCAGAUUUUGAGUUAUGAUAUGUGAUUAUGAUGCCUCUUAAAGUCACUAAAUUCAAUUUAGUGUUUGUGGAUGCGAUGCAUUCCUGAGUUCACUUCAUUCAGAAAAACUGGGACUUUUCUUUGGUAUUAUGAAUCUGCCAAUAUAAUAAUCCUGCGUUUAAACUUUGUUUGUGUCUGAAGGUGAAUGAAAUGACCGAGUAACAUCUGUUAGUCAUCAGUGCUUAAUAUUUCAGUUGGUGCUGCCAAAAAUACAGUUUAGGUGAGUGGUUUGAUCCAAAAUACACAUUACUGUUAGGUAACAUGUUUACAGAACUCCCACACAGAUUUAAUUUCAUUAUUCUUAAAAUAAUAAUACAGUGUUGUUUCCUAGAAUACUUGUUUAUUAUUCUCAGUGCCAUUGAAAAAACCAAUGUGAUUAGUAAUAGUAACAAAACAACAUUUCACAAUGGUUCUUUACACCAUUAUCUGGACCCUUGAGGACAGGAAGUGUGAAAUUACAAUGCUUUGAUAAUAUCAGUGCCAGACUAAGGUGCUUUGUCACAUACUUCCGGUACAGUAUGCCAAAAGAGCAUCUUGAUUAAAAACAAAAUGCCAUAUUUAAUGACACGCUUGCAAAAUAAUCUGAAAAUAAAUAAUUGAUCUAAAAUAGUAACAUUUUCUCACCCCAGCAUGGCAUACUGAGGAAUAUGCUAGAGAAUUCUCACUAUACAAGGAAUCUGGAAAAUGAAUCUGUGAAAUAUACGCCUCAAAUCGUGUAUUUCAAAUAAUACCAAGAUAGAAAAUUAAUUAACGAAAGAGAAAUAAUCUCAUUUUUACAAUUCCACUGUUUUAAGGGACAUUUACCUGUCAGUCAGAAUUCCCCAUUGAUUGUAUUUUGCACCCAUUGCUUGUGACUUCUGUUCCUGAAAACCUCCUUUUUAAUCAGAGUUAUGAAAUGUGUUGUUAAGAGUAUGAGUUUUACCAUACUGUAUAUAUGCCUGUAGAUAUUUCAAUGUGCUUAACCAUAGUAUCACUAAGCCCAACUAUGUGUAAUGUAUUAUAAGACCCAUAAUGUUUAAUUUGGAGAGGUUUUCGUUUUAUUUAGCCCCAUUUUGAAAGUGGCUAUCGAGUAGGCCUCUAACUCUGUAUACUAUUUGUCCAUGUAAGCUUUUACAAAAUAUAAUUUUAGUACACUAA